CCGAUGGAGUCGCUGAAAGUGGUGCUCAUGCGCAUCUCCGAGCUGUUCCCGGCCGGUCUGCGCGAGGUCCACGUGCUGCGUCCGUGCGGCUUCCUGCAGUCGACGUUCUCCAGCUUUGGCCUGAGGUUCAGCAAAGAUGAGUUCAACUUACCUGUGCAGCUCAUGCUGCCCAACUCCCUGGGCGAGCUGCACAUGUCCAUAGACCGGUCGCAGCUCACGCCGGAGCUGGGAGGCACCCUGGUCUACACGCACUCCGAGUGGAUCCAGCUGCGCUCCGACCUGGAGGGAUUCUCGGAGGUGGCGCGCGACGCGGUGCACACCCUGCAGGCGGUGGGCCUGGAGCUGGCCGAGACGGAGCUGCCCAACACCGUGAGGGCCACCGAGGAGCUGCUGGGGGCCCACGGGCGCCAGCGCGACGACGUCAAGGCCCUGCUGGAGUCCGUGCUGGAGCAGGGCCGCCGCCUGCUCAGCAAAAUCGCCGAGCCGACCUCCAGCGACCCCGGCUACCAGCCGAGCCUCGACCGCCUGCAGGGGAUGCGCUCCGUGCAGCGGCUCCUGUCGCGGCUGGGCGAGGCGGACGGUGCUGCCGACAAGUUCUGGGCCAAGCACCACCUGAAGCUGCAGCAGUGCCUUCAGUUCCGCUACUUCGAGCAAGACUUCCGGGAGGUGAUGGGGCAGUUUGAGGAGCUGCAGGAGAGGAACUCCCGGGUGGCAGCAACGGCCGAAAACUCGGCGCAGGCGAAGGCUCUGCUGCAGGAGCUGCAGAGCCUGGACAAAGCGGCGCAGGUGACGGUGAGCCGUGCGGAGCGAGUGGCGAUGACCGGCGAGCGCCUCAUCUCCGAGGCGCACUACGCCGUUGACUCCAUCCAGCCCAAGUGCUCCGAGCUGAGGAAACUCCGCGUGGACUUCUCCGAGGACCUCGCCACCAAGCUCGGCUCCCUCGCCAAGGCGCACUGCAUGUGGGCCAAGCUCGAGAAGGCGCUGCAGUGGUACGAGGACGGCAUGUACCUCCUGGCGUGCCAGCCCGUCGCCAAGUUCCAGUCGCAGGAGGGCGCCGAGGUGUCGCUGCGGGAGAUCGAGGCCUUCAUGGCGAACUGCGAGGAGCACCAGGUGCACUACUCCAAGAGCUUCCACGAGGAGUUUGAGUCCAUCCUCGCGCCCGACAUGGAGCUGUGCGUGCAGAGAGUGUUCGCGAAGCUGGAGAAGGUGGGCGCCAUGAUGGAGGAGCGGCGCAUGAGCCUGUGCAAGCUGACGGCUCGGCACGCCCGCCCCGUGCAGCCCGUCGCCCCGCAGCCCGAGACGGUGCCCGAGCCGCCCGCCCAGCCCGCGACCAACGGCUCCCCGGUGCCCGGCCUUGGCGGUGAACCCAGCACCCCGCGGAGGAGGCACGUCAAGCAGAAGUCGGCACCCAAGAUCGAGGUCGUGUACGAGAACAGCCAGGGAGGCGUCUGCCUGCCGUCCGUCCCCAUGGAGAACGAGGAAAACCUGACGCUCCACAGGAGUCACAUCAUGACGGAGCUCCUGGAGACGGAGAGGGUCUACGUGGAGGAGCUGCAGACAAUACUGGAGGGCUACGCGGACGCCAUGGAGACGGAGGAAAUGGCGGCGCCCGUCCCCGCCGGCGCCAGGGAGAAGAAGGACAUCCUGUUCGGCAACAUGGCCGACAUCUACCACUUCCACAGCAGUGUCUUCCUCAAGGAGCUGGAGGAUUAUACGGAGCGGCCGGAAGAGGUUGGGAGUUGCUACCUGAAGCGGAAGGAAGAUUUCCGCAUCUACGAGAAGUACUGCCAGAACAAGCCGCAGUCCGAGACGCUGUGGAGACAAAUCUCCGACGCGCCAUUCUUCCAGGAAUGUCAGAAGAAGCUCGGCCACAAGCUGGCGCUGGACUCGUACCUCCUGAAGCCCGUGCAGCGCAUCACACGCUACCAGCUGCUGCUCAAGGAGCUCCUGAAGGGCACGAAGGACGUGCAGCACGCCCUGGAGCUGGAGGAGGCCCUGGCCAGCAUGCAGAGCCUCCUCAAGUCCCUCAACGACUCCAUGCACCAGAUUUCCAUCACCGGAUACAAGGGAAACCUCCUGGAACUGGGCAAGCUGCUGAUGCAGGGCUCCUUCAGCGUGUGGACCGACCACAAGAAGGGCGCCAACAAGGUGAAGGACUUCCCGCGCUUCAAGCCCAUGCAGCGGCACGUCUUCCUCUACGAGAAGACGCUGCUCUUCUGCAAGCGGCGCGAGGAGACGACCGAGGGCUACGAGAAGACGCCCUCCUACGGCUACAAGCACUCGCUGCAGAUGAGCUCCGUGGGGAUCACGGAGAACGUGCGAGGGGACAGCCGCAAGUUUGAGAUCUGGUGUUCACGGCGGGAGCAAGUCUACAUCAUCCAGGCCCCGUCCAACGAAGAGAAGUCUGCGUGGGUGAGCGAGAUACGGAAGCUGCUCACCAUGCAGCUGCAGGCCUGCAAAGAAGAAGUCAAGCAAGUUUACUGCACGCCGUCUUCUCCCAUACUCAACCGAGGGACGAGGAAGUCUGAGUUUUCCAAGUUUGAGCUGGGCAGCCCAAAGGCGGCGUUUCGUAUGCAGAGCAUAACCUGUUCGCCCAACAUGCCUCUCAACAACAGAGGGUUUGCCAAGCGGCGGAUGAGCGCCCAAGAGACGGUGAAUCGGAGCGAGGACGAGUGGCCCCUGGGCUACAGACGGUCGCGGCUCAGCUCGCAGGAGCUGAUAGACCGAAGCGAGCAUCCCUGGCUGCAGGCCUGCUCCCCCGGACACCGGCGCUCCCAGGAUCCGUGCGAGCGCUCCGCCGACGGCGGCUGGUCGAGCGGGGAGGAGAUGUUCAACGCGUCGGACGGGGAGACGGAGGACGUCGUGGACGAGCAAGCGAACCCCAUCUGUAAGGUGUCCGACAUCUGCUAGGACGGCCGGUCGUUGAGCCCGGCUCGGCCGCUCGCCGGCUCGGCCUCUCGUGGCCACCGCCCUUCCCUCGCCGCACCGCACCUUCCUCGCACGACGCUGCCACCACGGGUAACAGCGACCGCCGACGACAAAAAGGCCGCGGGCGUUCCCUCCCCAAAACCCACGCGGUUCCCACGCGGCGGACGCGCCGACGACGAGCCGUUUAGUUUUUUUGUCGUCGGGGAAUUCGUCGUUGGAGCGUGCCGCGAAUCUCCCGAGAGACGAGCCAUUGAGCCCCGUCGAGCUCAGCUGAGACGGAGGUGGACGCCGUAAAAGAG